UCUCUUCUUUCUUCCUAACACCUACUUCUCCUAUACUCUCUUCAUCAAACAUCUUCCUUUUCAGCUAGAAAAUCUUUACAGAAAGCAGAGAUCAAGGUUUAUAAGCAAAUGAGGCCUGCCAUGUCAGUAGUCAGCCUCCUUUUACUUUUCCUCUUAGUCAACACAACUAAAGGCAUUCGCUUGAUGCAGCACUCUUCAGAAUCCAUCCAGAGGGAGGCUGAUGUCAGAGGAAGUUUAGAAGAAGAGGCAGAAGUUUGCAGAGAGGGAGAAGCUUGCCCAGGGUGGAAUAAUAGAAAAGUGCUGAUGAUAAAGGGAAGAGAGGCCAUGGCCUCAACACAAGAGAUCACAAGCAUGAAGGUAAUCAAGGACAGCGCUGCUCAGACUUCGCCGGAAUCCUACCCCGACAUAUACGACAUCGCCGGAAUGGAUUAUUCUCCGGCUAAGAAAAAAUCUCCAAUCCACAACUAAAGGAAGUAUGAAUAAAACAAAGAUUUUUACUGAUGAGUAGUGCAGAUUAAUAUAUAGAGUAGUAGGACUUUGGGCAGCAGCAGGAUACUGAAAAUGCUGCAGUUUUUUAGGGCUCAUAACCCCAUUUUGUGAAGAAACUGUAACUUUAGAGCUUAAAAUAUGUUAUAUCAUUUAUUAUUUUUAUAUGAUUUGUUUGGGGGUUGAUGAUUGAGUACUUGAUGGCAUGUUUUGCAUGCACCUUGUAAGGUAGGACCCUUAUGUUAUGUUGGUUCUGAGACUGUUUUCUCGAGCCUGUAGUAGUGCUGCGUCAAUUAAGUACCGUAGUUGGCAUUAAAAGUUGCACAGGGAAGGAGAGAGGUUCUCUUGU